AUGAAGCCAGACCUUGGAAAAACAUGGUACAAAGUUAGGUGGCUUGGAAGGUAAGAUUCUAAAUAAUGAACAUACCCCCAGAAAUCCACACAACAUUUGAGCAAAAAAAAUUUUUUUCGUCCUAUGAUUAAUUUGAUUACUUCCUCAAUUCGACCUGUGUACAGGACAUAGCAUUCCAAGUGAAUGCAAAUAAUGUAGCUACAAUAAGUACCAACAAAGUCAAUUUCCACUUAGGUUUAUACGUUAUAAUAGCAUUGUCCUGGAUUGUCUCUCUACAGGUGGUUUAACCAAUGGCGACUGUCCUCUGAGACUGAAAAAGAUCAGCCGAAGCAAGUUCAGUCCAUUACUGACCCUGCCAAUUUUGUGUGUGAGAUGAUGCUGUUUGAGUUCAAAAAACCAGGAUGCAACCCUGAAAUUAAAAAAGCUGAGUUUGGUUGUUGCUGACCUUAACCAGUUUGUGCAACUUCGUUUGGAUGACAGUGAAAAGUAUAAUUCUUUGGCUUUUAUUCGGUUAUGAACAUUACUGUAGCAGCAAUGUCAAUCAUUACUGUGAAUAGAGGUCAUUCAUUGCAAAUGUAAGGUAGGCUUUUAGCACUGUCUCGUGAAGGAAUUAUCACUAUUUAUUUUAGGAAUGGACGCUUGACAUGGAAUAAUGCCAUCCCAGAUCAGGAAGUCCACUUAAAACCUGGAGGUGAUGCUGUUGGUGGGUUCCCUCAAAAUGGCUUUCCAGAUUGCCAACCUUAAACAUCCAAAGUCAAAACAAGUACAGUGGUCUUUGCCAUGUUCCACGCCAAAGAUACAUGGACCACUUUAAAAAUACAGGGAGCCAGUGUACACCCUAAAGGAAGCUACUUGGAGGUUGGUACAUACACUGUAAAUGUACUAUAGAUUUUUUAUAAAACAAUACAGGGUAAAACCUCCACACUGAGGCAUCCUGCUGAAAUUCAACAUUGAUUUUUUUUGCUGUUGUAGAGGCAAAAAGCAAAUACUUUUCCUCUUUGGUGACUAGAAGUUCUUACGAAAGAUAUUUCAAACUGCUGGAGCCUCAGGUAAGUUCAAAUAAUUAAAACAUACAAAACAUAAAAUAUUUGAUUAAUAUAAUUAACUAAGUAGAACCUUCCCAACUUGUAGCCCAAAAACACUUUCUGUGGAAGGAGUACUAAUAAGUAAAUUAAUAUCUUGCAGGCAAGUGUCCAUGCCUCUGGUGCCUGAUCACAUAUGAGAUGCUCCAACUCUCUUGCCAGGAUCCUCGUCAUUGGCAAAUAGAAAAGAGAAACAUGAAGAACAUUGAAGAAGAUUAUAACAAGUUUGUUGCAGAUGGCUGUGUAACAAGUCGACAGAAGUGUUAUCACAAUAUGAUCCAUGAGAAACUGCUUGACAUUGAACUGGAAAGGUAAAUAAACUAUCAACUCUUUUUUUAGCUUAGGAAAAACAAAUACUAAUAAAACAGGGCAUUAAAAGGAAACUUAGCAAUCUGAUUCUUUCUUCAUUGUUUCUGGACUUCACAUCAGCUUGGGUGUUUUCAAGAGAUUAUUUGAUGAAAUUGAGAACCAAAGCGCUGAGCUGGACAAAAUAAUCGAAAUGGAGCUGGCAGCUGACAGUGAUAACAAUGAUGAAAGAAUCCUGGCACUCAGAGCUGCUCAUCAACACAGUAGUGUUCAAGGUUGUCUUCUAUCAUGGCUGACAGAC